UAUUAAAUCCCUCUCAUUAGCAGGAUUAGAGCGAGGUCGGGGGGGUACCUUCUCGACGGUGAGAACAGCAGCGCUCGUGAUCUCGACGAGGGGUGGUAGAUUCGGAGAGGGGAGCUGCGGUGGAAAGGACGAGAACGGAGCGGAGGAGAUCGGAAGGAGGAACAGAUUUACAAUACGAAGCGUCUUUGGAUUCUGCUAAUUCACCUGAAGGGAAAGGCCGCUCCGAUUACCUGGGUGUCGGAUCACGCCACCCGGCCACCGAUUUGCGGAGGUCUCCACACAUUCACUAGAAUUUGGACUUGCAGAGAGAGCUGGGACUCUGACCCUCCCUGAGCUGGCUGGCAAUGGCGUCUGUGUGAGGCGAGGGGAGUGCUGGUUGAGGUGGUGACGGUUGGAAGCAAGUCCUGCAUGGUGGCUGUGUGGGGGGGCAUGUCUGGUGCGGCAGAGUGUCCCCCAAGCAGGGGGAGGCGGUCAGAUGUGCCCCGUCCUGACCAUCACCUGUAUGAGUCCUACCAUCGGGUCAGCCAGCAGUUCCCUCUCCUGGUGCUGCUUCUUCUCGUCAUCAGUACGGCUUCGAUUGCCCUGAUCAUCCUCUUCUUCAGCCGAGGACUGGAGGUGUCGGACAAUGUGGCCUUCUUCGCCACAGUUGUCGUGGCUCUCGGAAUCUUCCUGUGCACCCUGGGCCUGGCUUACGUGGACUUCGUGUUCAGCAGGGGCAUGAAGGCCCUAUCGCUGCUGAUCUGGGCCUGUCUCGUCACUAUGGGUUACGUCUUCAUCUUCGAAGGGCCCGUCGUCAACGCCUGGGAUCAGGUUUACUUUUUCCUGUUCAUCACGUUCACGGUCUACACCAUGCUGCCCCUGUCCAUGAGGGAGGCUGCCAUCGCCAGCAUCCUGAGCUCCGUGUCCCACAUUGUGGUGCUGAGCGUGUACCUCCCCCUGAAAUCGCCUACCCAAGCACUGCUUCCUCACCAGCUGCUGGCCAAUGCCGUCAUCUUCCUGUGUGGAAACCUGGUGGGUGCCUUCCAGAAGCUGCAGAUGGAGCGAGCCCUGCAGAAAACCUUCAGGGACACACUCAACUGCCUCAAGUCCCACGUGAAGCUCGAAUCUCAGAAGAGGCAGCAGGAUCACCUCCUCCUCUCAGUGUUGCCGGUCCACAUCGCCCUGGAGAUGAAGGCGGAGAUCAUGGAGCGGGUGAAGGGCCCCAAGGAGGGGCAGCCCAAGGUGGAGAGUGGUAACAACUUCCACAACCUCUACAUCAAGCAUCACAGGGAUGUGAGUAUCCUGUAUGCGGACAUCGUGGGCUUCACGCGACUGGCCAGCCAGUGCUCACCCAAGGAACUGGUGCUGAUGCUGAACGAGCUUUUCGGCAAGUUCGACCAGAUUGCCAAGGAAAACGAAUGUAUGAGAAUUAAGAUCCUGGGUGACUGUUACUACUGCGUCUCUGGCUGCCUCUCCCUCCCCACCCACGCCAAGAGCUGCGUCAGGAUGGGGCUGGACAUGUGCUGGGUGGUGAGGAAGCUGCGGGACGACACGGGGGUGGACAUUAACAUGCGGGUUGGGGUGCAUUCGGGGAACGUCCUGUGUGGGGUCAUCGGCCUCCAGAAAUGGCAGUAUGAUGUCUGGUCACAUGACGUCAGCCUGGCCAAUCACAUGGAGUCAGGUGGCAUCCCUGGCCGCGUCCACAUCACUGCCUCCACACUCGCCCACCUCGGAGGAGAGUUUGAGGUGGAGGAGGGGAAUGGACAUCUCCGGGACCCGUACCUGAAGGAGAGCAACGUGACCACCUACCUGGUCAUCGACCCCCCGGGUAAGUGUCUCCCUCUCUUUCACCCCCACCCCCAAUCCCAGGAAGAGCCUGGCAAGGAGUGCCUGACCCUGGACGGGGAUGAUUGUGCCAAGAUCCGUGCUUCUGUCCGGAUAACCCGCUACCUGGCGUCGUGGGGAGCGGCCAAGCCCUUCGCUCACCUGCGGCACCGGGACAGCCUGCCAGUGGAGACCCCUAGCAUCAACCGCUUCAUAAGGCAGGAUAUCCCGAUGGGAGGCGUCGGCCCGCACCGGAUCCCGGACAGCAGGGGCCGCUGGCAGCGAGGAUUGGACGAGGCUGUUCAUGAGAAGAUCAGCGAGGUCAUCGAUGGGCUGAACUCCCAGAGCUGGCAGGGUGACCGGUCCGAACACUUUAACCCCUUCACCCUUUACUUCAGUACCAAGGCAAUGGAGAAGCAGUACCGCUCGAAUGCAGUGCCAGGGUUCAAGUGCUACACGGUCUGUGCGGCUUUGACCUUCACCUCGAGCUUCGCCGUGCAGGUGCUGGUGUCGUACAAGAACAUGGCGCUGGGAAUCUCCUAUGGUGUGACCUUCUUCCUCUUCCUCCUGGUCCUCUUCACCUGCUUCGCCGGCAACUUCUCGAAGUGCACGGAGAAGGGGCCUACAGCCUUCCAGUGGAUUACCUCCAUCUCGGCCUCGGUCGCAAAGAAGCCCUGGCUCCACAUCCUCCUAGCAACCAUCACCAUGGCAACCGUGCUGGUCAUGGCGGUCUUCAACCUGUUCUUCCUCCCGCAGCCCACGGGACGCGACCCCUGCAUGGAAUGGGAUUCCUCCCUGUCAAUAAAGAACCUCACAGAUGAGACAAAUGGAGAAGAGGUUCUCAUCACAGUCCCGUAUUACAUGUGCUGCUGCCUCCUGGGCUUAUUGAGCUGCUCCCUCUUCUUUCGGGUGAACUUUGAACUCAAGAUGGCCUUGAUGCUCCUGGCCCUUGUGAUCUACAAUGUCAUCUUCCUCCACACACACGCCUGGAUGUCGGAUUUGUACAUCUGCGUCCUCUAUCCCAAUUCUACGCUGAGGGAUCAAGGACUCGGUGUUCUGAAGGAUACGAAGGUGAUGGGCAGCUUCUCGUUCUUCAUCUUUUUCUUCAUGCUCCUUGUCCUGGUGAGGCAGAAUGAGUAUUCCUGCCGGCUGGACUUCCUGUGGAAGAGCAAGUUUCGCCGGGAGCAGGAGCAGAUCGAGACGAUGGAGAACCUGAACCGUGUUCUGUUGGAGAAUGUCCUCCCUACACAUGUGGCGAACAAGUUCAUUGGGCAGGACCGCAGGAAUGAGGACCUCUACCACCAGUCCUAUGACUGUGUAUGCAUCCUAUUUGCCUCCAUUCCUGACUUCAAGGAGUUCUACUCGGAGACUGGCGUCAACCAUGAGGGGCUGGAGUGCCUCCGGCUCCUGAACGAGAUCAUUGCCGACUUUGAUGAGCUCCUCUCAAAACCCAAGUUCAGCGGUGUGGAGAAGAUUAAAACCAUCGGUAGUACCUACAUGGCGGCAUCUGGUCUGAAUGCUGCUCUCGGCCUGCAGGGCUUGCAGGACUCUGAACGGAACUACGCCCACGUCGGGGUGAUGGUGGAGUUUGCGGUGGCCCUGAUGGGGAAGCUGGACUUCAUUAAUAAGCACUCCUUCAAUGAUUUCAAGCUCCGGGUUGGCAUAAACCAUGGGCCAGUCGUUGCCGGGGUGAUCGGUGCCCAGAAACCCCAGUACGACAUCUGGGGCAACAGUGUCAAUGUGGCGAGUAGGAUGGACACCACAGGGAUCUUGGGCAGGAUACAGGUGACAGAGGAGACCUGCAGGGUCCUGCGCCGCCUGGGCUACAGCUGCCAGAACCGUGGGCUUAUCAAGGUCAAGGGCAAGGGCGACCUCCGCACCUACUUUGUUGCCACCGACUUGUCCCGCUCCAGUUCCCAGGGCAAUGUACUGAACUGACUGUUCCCCCACCCCCACCCCCAGCGUCUCGUCGCACUCACUGCCCCCGCUAACCCGAGAUGGACUUGCCUCGCAGCGGUGAACAUCAGCGGCUGUUGGGACGGAGGGGGAAGGAGACGAGGGGAGAGAAAAGGAGGCCAGCGGAGUUGAAAGCGUGAUGGCUGUCAG